UCGAUCUCAGCUGCAAUAUAAGGGCAGCGUCUUCUGCAAGGCCAGCAGUCUAACGAAGAGACUCGAGGACUGCCACAGCAAAGAGACUGAAGACCAUGGGACGCUUGGCUGUAACUCCGGUGUUGGUCCUGGUCCUGUCCAUGGCGGCAGGAGCAUGGAGUCAGAUACUGCUGGAUCCUGUAAGCAGGGAGUGUCGCGGAAUGGCGGGCUCAGCUAAGCUGAAUGCGGUAUCGAGGAACGAGUAUCCUGCAGGAGGGCUCUUGAUGGUUUUGGCUUCUGUGCCCGCGGGGGUGAAAGGCUACUUCAAAUUCUACCUUUGCCUGGACGACGACGCUGGACGAGAGGAGUGCCUCAACAAGAAGUCCCUCCAGUUGGCCGAUGCCUCCGGCGACACUUUCGACCUGAGCAAGGUGGUGAAAGCGGGCAGCUACGAGAUCCCCCUGACCAUUCCCGAUGACGUCACCUGCGACACCUGCUCUGUCCAGUGGCAUGUGGAGGUGGAGGACUGCGGCAACAAUGAAAGCUGCUCACUCACAAGCCAAGAUUCCUGCUUUGACAUCAAGAUUCGUCAAGCCAAGAAAGAGGAAAAGAGGCUGUUUGGACUUAUCUUCGGUGCAGCGAGGGCCAUUGGAGGAGGUAUCCAUUCUUUAAUCAGAAAGAGUGGUUAGAAUGUUCUCGUGUAACGAACUGGCUCGACUUGAACCCCGACGUCUUGCGAGGAUAAAGGAAUGUGGAUACUUCUGGAACUCCAAGGUGCUGAGAACCCGUGCAGCCCAGACUUCACUUCAAAAAUACGAGGUUCAAUGUUCUGAUAUUCAUACAGUUGGCUUGCUUAAAUUCACAGAAACAGGGCCAUGUGCAGGACGUUUAAAAGGUGUGUGGUAUUAAGAAAAAGACCACUUUUAUAUGAUGAGGUUUGCUUUUUCAUAGUAUAAAGUAGGUAUAUAGAGUAAUAUGACGCUGUGGACUACGGUGCACUUCACGGCCCUGUAUCCAACUAUAUCGAUUUUUUCAGAUCAUCGAGAUCAUAUCGCAUUUUGUAUUCUUAAUAAUAUUAGCUGAUCAACAGUUAAUCGACUUGAAAUUGCCUAGGCGGAAGUAGGUGCACUUAGUUUUAUAAGGAAGUUUUCUUGUGCUGUAUGGUCUCCUUUACCUUGAAAUGUAAAACUUGAUUGUUAUUUUUUUUUGGAAGAAACAGUUGACUAAAUUGUGAAGAAAUUGUAUUUGAUCAA